AUGGGCUACAUCCCACGCGAUGCGCUAGAAAACUUGCAUAAAUAUGCGUAUAAAGGUGUAGAUAAGUCCCUCACGUCGAAAUACAUCUUGAAUCCCUUCUGGACAUGGUUUGUUACUCUAUGGCCGCUCAAUGUAGCCCCUAAUACUAUAACGCUUUCGGGCCUCUCAAUAAUUUUCCUCAACUUCGCGACACUGCUAUACUACGAUCCGCAGUACCUCACGGAGAAGGGCGGAGUAGUGCUGCCUAGCUGGGUGUACUUUUCCUUAGCCAUUGGCUUGUUUGCCUACCAGAGCUUCGAUGCCAUAGAUGGAAAACAGGCGCGUCGAACCGGUAUGGCUGGACCUCUGGGUGAAAUGUUUGAUCAUGGCUGUGAUGCGAUGAACACGACUCUAGAAGCAGUCCUAGCCUGCCAUGCUCUCAAUCUCGGACGUUCAUGGUGGACUGUCUCUUCACAAGUCGCAACACUGGCCAACUUCUACCUCACAACUUGGGAAGAAUACCACACUGGCCAGCUCUAUCUCGGUGUCUUCUCUGGACCAGUCGAGGGAAUCCUCAUGAUUGUCGCCAUUUUCACGAUCAGUGGUCUCUACGGCCCGGCCUUUUGGGAUACCAAAAUCCUAACAUUCUUACGACUCACGAACAUGCCAUAUAUCAACCGAUUACCCAACCUCCCACUGAACGAAUCGUUCAUGGUGUUUGGUGCUUUUGGGCUGUUUUUCAAUAUCGCCAACAGUUACGCGAACGUCCGGCGGACCAGAAAGUCUUCUGGUAGUGGUACCUCCCGUCCACUUACUUUCCUGCUCCCAUUCGUGGUAUCGGCCGGCCUCCAGCUUGCCUGGCUGGCCCAUCCACGUGUCACGUCUCCCGCAAUUCUCUACUCUCCGCUUUUUGUGCCCUUUCUUUGCGCAUGGGGCCUGCAAUUCGCGCGUCAUGUCGGCCGGAUGAUUCUCGCCCACGUGACCCAAGACGGCUGUCCAUUCCCCCUCUUCGACUGGAUGUGGGUCUGGACAGCACUUUGUACCCUCGACGCCUACCUCCCCGCCUUGCUGGACCGACAGCCACUGAUCCAAUCGUCGGCCAAAGGCAGGGCAUUCUUGGUCUAUACCACGUUGGCGCUGUCGUUCGUUCUUUACGCGCAGUUUUGCGUAAGAGUGAUCAACGACAUCACGAAUUUCAUGGGCAUUGCGUGCUUCACAGUGCGGAAGAAGGGGAAGGACGGGGAGUGGCAUCAUGUGCAGGCGAAUGGCGACGCAAAGAAAAAGUGA